AUGGGCGACAUGAUCCGGGACUCACCGCCCGCCGCCGCCGCCGCCGCAACGGACACGGAGACGCAGACACGGAACAAGCUCUUCCUGGGUUCCUUCAUCCACUCCAAGACAAAGGAGCAGCUCGAGUACCUCCACGAUGCGGCCAUCUGCGUCAGCGCUUGCGGUACAAUUGUUGCGGUCGAGACGGACUGCGAUUUGAAGAGGGCCGAGGCCGAGGUUCUGCCGCGCUUGGGCUGGACGGUUGGCGAUGUCGAGGUUCACGUUGGCAAGGAGGGGCAAUUCUUUUUCCCUGGUUUUAUCGACACCCACGUCCACGCAUCGCAAUACCCCAACGUCGGCAUCUUUGGCAAAUCCACCCUCCUCGACUGGCUCAACACCUACACCUUCCCCCUCGAAUCGAGCCUCCAGGACCAGAAAAAGGCGAAACGCGUCUACACGGCCUGCGUGAAGCGCACCCUCGCCCACGGCACCACCACCUCGGCCUACUACGCCACCAUUGACGUCGACACCACGAACCUCCUCGCCGACAUUUGUCUCGCCCUCGGCCAGCGCGCCUUUGUCGGGCGGGUGUGCAUGGACCGCGAGGGCCUGUGCCCAGAGUACUACAAGGACGAGUCGGCCGCGGACUCGCUGCGCAGGACGAGGGAGACGGUGGAGUAUAUUCGGACCAUUGACCCGGCGUUUGAGCUCGUUGCGCCGAUUCUGACGCCGCGGUUUGCGCCGGCGUGUUCCAGCGAGGCGAUGAGGGGGUUGGCGGACAUGCAGAGGGAGCUGGACGUGCUUGCGCAGACGCAUAUUUCCGAGAACGAGGGGGAGAUUGAGCUGGUCAAGGAGUUGUUUCCCGAGAGCGAGAGUUAUACGGACGUGUAUGACCAGCACGGCCUGCUGGGUGAGAAGAUGGUGCUCGCGCACGCAAUUCACCUGUCUGAGAAGGAGGCGGAUACGAUUGCGGAGCGCGGGGCCAAGGUGUCGCAUUGUCCGUGUAGUAAUAGCUCCAUCACGAGCGGGGCGGCGAGGGUAAGGUGGUUGUGGGAUAAGGGGAUCGAUGUCGGGCUGGGCACGGAUAUGAGCGGCGGAUAUAGCCCGAGUAUACUGGAGGCGGCGAGGCAGGCUGCGUUGGUGUCGCGGCAUGUUGCGAUGGGGUUGAAGGGGGAGGAGAAGGAGAGAGCCAAGUUGACGGUCGAGGAGGUGCUGUAUCUCGGUACGAGGGGCGGUGCCAAGGUUGUCGGGCUGGGGGCCAAGGUUGGCGGGUUCGAGGUUGGGAUGCAGUGGGAUGCGCAGCUCAUUGGGUUGCCGGUCGUUGAUGAGGAUGGGGAGCAAGUUGAGGAUGGUAAUGUUGACAUCUUUGGGUGGGAGAGCUGGGAAAACCGGGUUGCCAAGUGGGUGUUUAACGGGGAUGAUCGGAAUACCAAGAUGGUUUGGGUCAAGGGACGAAUGGUGCACUCGAGGCGGUAA